AUGGUUUUUGCAAUGACUGCACCGAGUCGGAUAAGGGUGGCGCGAGUUCGGCCGAGUUUAGCCGACAAUGCGGGGUUUAAAUAAAAGCAGCAGAGCAUACAUUAUGAAUUCUCCAUCAACCCUAAGAAAGUUACCGGACAGUUAAUGACUACAUGACUACUCAAUGGACGACUUGCUCUUCAACUACAGUCAAUUGGCACUCAUCGGGACAAAUCACGCUGACUUCACUGCCGACAAUUUUUCUGAGGUCAACAUCAGUAGGUCGGUCACACGGCUGACCUCGCCAUUAACCGUAACCAUUGUAGUGCUCAUAGUGUUUUUACUUUCGCCAAUGAUCCUAAUUGGUAAUUCCCUAGUGUUAGUUUCCAUGUACCGCUUUAAGCGGUUACGGACACCGAGUAACUAUUUAGUUAUGUCACUAGCAACUAGUGAUUUGGGUGUAGGCAUGUUCUUGCCAGUAGGAUUCUAUUUAGAACUUAACGGUGCUAAUACGUUUUCAGGGUUUCACGUAUGCUUAUUUAGUUACGGGAUUAUCAUCACAUUGUGUUGUGUAUCUGUAUUAGUGAUGGUCGCUAUCGCCGUGGAUAGGUUUACGUCUCUAGCGCGGCCGUUAAGAUACAAUAAUUUAAUAACACACUCAGCAGUGGAAAGGUAUAUUGUGAUAUUUUGGGUAUAUUCUAGUAUGGUUGGCUUUACCCCGCUGGCAUAUGCUGUUUUUGUGGAGAGUAAAUCUAGCUCAUCUCCCGACUGGUCCUUUGGCGACAUGGUAGAGAAACCAGUUCAAUUAUUUAUGUUCUGUGCUGUGUACGGGCCUUGUUCCUUAGUCUUAUUGGUUUGCUAUGGAUAUAUCUACUUUGUUGCACGUGGCCAUGCUAGAGCCAUCCGUUCUGAACAACAACAAUCAAUUUAUCGACACCAAGAACAUUAUACCGGAGCAGUCGGUCCUCCUAGGUAUGGACUUGCUUUGGCCAUAACCGCUGGGCUGUUCAUUGGACUAUGGAUGCCCUUCCAGGUGUGCAUGCUAAUCGACGUAUUCCUGGGUACAAAUAUCCUUACUUCUUGGGUGUCAAUCUACCUAGCGCUUCCAAUCUUAUCAAGUAGUGCUUUUAAUCCAUGGACGUACGGCUAUCGCAAUGCUGAACUUAGAGCUGGAGUCAGAAAAGUUAUAGAUGACAUACUAACUAGUUUGGGAUUUACAUAUCGAAGCCAUCAGAUAUCAGACAGAGACCAGAUACCUCCUAGUGUAGCAGCAACAGCGGGAGAACCUGCCACUUUUAUAAACCAAGUUCAAAAGGACGGUACCUUUUGGAAAUCGGAAGGCGAUUUUCUUCUUGUGCCAAUAGCAAAACCAGAAAGUUCUGGUGUUUUGUCAAGUGCAGAAAGUCAAAAGUUAUUUUGUAGUAAUCCAAAGAUUCUUUUGCCAUGUGAAACUCCCAGAUUAAUGUUAAAGAGUAGUAGAAGUAUGGUGGAGAGCCUAGCUAUGGUCAGAGGCUCUGAUGUACUUGUUGUCAAAGGUCAUAAUUUCAUAAAGCAUGGAUCUAGUGUCUUAUAGGAGUAAAAAGAUUUAAAAAAAUUCAAUAUUCUUUAAAAACGUAAAUGUCAAAGUUUAAAUGGCUUAAAGGGAGAGGGAUCAAUAUAUUUUAAUAGCCAUAGAUAGAUAAAUGCAGAAAAUAAAUAUAUAUUUAAGAUUAAAUAUAAUCCAAAUGUUAGUAUGGUUUAAAAAACCUUAAGUAUGAAAUAUUUUUUAACUUGGC